UUCCCAAAAAAACAACUACAUAUGCUAAUAAAUCCUCAAUUACUAUUGACGUGACUCAAACUCUAAAUCUACCAUCAGUUGAAAGUCAACCUGUCUCGUCAACAUGGCUUAUAAUAAGUACGUAGCUUUUUCGACUUUGUUUCUUUCAUGGGCGUUUAUGGCCUCUUUGCAGACUGCUGACGGACAAAUAAUAAAUACGCCAUGUAAUGGACCUAUGAUAAACAGUUUUACGCCUUGUAUGAACUUUUUGACAAAUAGCAGCAGCAGCGGGGCAUCACCAACAGAAGAUUGCUGCAGUGCUUUGAGGACUAUGAUGACUAAUGGCAUGAAUUGUUUCUGCCUUAUUGUCACUGGUGGCAUUCCUUUUCAAAUGCCUAUGAACCCCAACAUGGUUAUGUCUCUUCCAAGUGCUUGUAACAUGCCUGGUGUUCCCCUCAAAUGCAAAGCUCCUAGUCCACCUACGGUUGUUGCACCAGGUCCUCGUGAUGAUGCUGGGGUUCCAAGUGCUUCACCAACAGCUGCUCCUGUUAACCCUCCUCGUAGUCCUAAAGAUACCACUGUUCCUCCUCCACCUAUGCCGCCGUCAACGUCAAAUUCAUCGCCACCAGCCGAUGAAAUUCCAACCCUAACUCCACCAUCUCCACAGUCGGGUUCUUCAAUUCCGGCGACAAAUUCUGGCAAUCAAACUCAAGCAACACCAUCAGCUGCCCAUUUUUUUGGUCAUGGAAUUUCACGAAUACUUCUUAUAGCUGCAUUUGGAGCAAUUGGUUUGAGCAUUUAUUAGUGAUUUGAUAUGUAUCACUGUAAAUCUUUAAAUUAAAAUAUAGAUUGUGAAAAUAAUACUAGAAUUAUUUAUCAGUGACGUUGAUGUUGUAUAGAGACAUAAAAACAUAAUGUACUUAUUUUACGUUAUUAUUUGGUAUGUCUGUAGUUCUAUUUGAUUUAAAGAAUCUAAGUAUGUAUUUGAUUA